UAUUGUUUUUUCCAAUGGAUCUCAAUAUAACAAACAUAUCUGAGGCACAUUUUCUUGCAGUGUUCGCCAUCACCUUAGCUCCCAAGUGGGCCAUACUGGCCGGUCUAAUGCAAUUUGAAAUAUGUAAUGCAAUCGCACUCCCCUCCCACGACGCCAAGGCAAUGGCAAUUGUCUUUGGGCUUGGGUCUUCCAGAUUGCCACGCUCGUCUCGGUGGACUUAGUUACAAAUCUGUCGCUGGACUGGAACUUUGAGCCGCGAAUCGGAAUCGGAAUCCCGCACAGAACCAGAAUCCCCAUCUUAAUCCGGAUUUGUGUCGCUUUUCCAUCUCACGAUCGAAAUGAGUGGCUCAAAAGCAAAACACUUAAAAACAUUGAGUGAAAAGGAGCUCGCUGAGUUUUUCGAUUCGUUUGAUUUGGUUUUUUGCGAUUGCGAUGGCGUUGUUUGGUAUCCUCUGAGAGAUUUUAUACCCGGUUCUGCCGAAGCUCUGGCCCAUUUGGAGCUACUUGGCAAGCAGGUGACCUUUGUGACCAACAACAGCAUCAGUUCGGUGAAGGAGCACAUCGAGAAGUUCCAGGAACAGGGACACCUUAAAGUUGACGAGAGUCAAAUAGUUCAUCCUGCCCAAACGAUCUGCGACCAUUUGAAGGCCAUUAACUUUGGGGGACUUAUUUACUGCCUGGCCACGCCCCCUUUUAAGAAACUCCUUCUGGAUGCCGGAUUUAAGUUGGCCAAAGACAGUGGAAGCGGAACUAUCACGAGUCUCAGGGAUCUCCACGAGGCAAUUUACGGCGGAGAAUCGGUGGAUGCAGUGGUCAUCGAUGUGGACUUCAAUCUCUCGGCGGCCAAAAUGAUGAGGGCCCAUGUCCAACUGCAGAAUCCCAAGUGCCUCUUUCUGGCUGGAGCUGCCGAUGCCCUGAUUCCCUUUGGCAAGGGUGAGAUUAUAGGACCUGGUGCCUUCAUCGAUGUGGUGACCCAGUCCGUGGGUCGCCAGCCCACCACUCUGGGCAAACCCGGCGAGGAUCUGCGCAAGCUGCUGCUGGAUCGUCAUCCGGAAGUCCCACCCAUCCCACCCAGUAGGGUUCUGUUCGUGGGCGACAGUUUGGCCAGCGACAUCGGGUUCGCCAGGAGGAGUGGCUACCAGACGCUCCUCGUCCUCACCGGCGGCACAAAGCUGGAGGAGCUCCGACUGCUGCCGGACGGCCAUCCGCAGAUGCCGGACUAUCUGGUCGAUUGUUUGGGCCAGAUAGCACCAACACCCAGUAAUCCGCAGUCGAGUAAUCCUGACUCAGCGCAUUUCGAUUGAUUAAGUUUCGAGUGUUUGUCACCGCAAUCUGGAAAUGUUUCUGGGUUCGUCACCAGUUGGUGACGAUAGUUAUCGUCACGAUUAUGUUUGUUUAUUGUUUAUGUACUACACUUGAAACAUUAGAUAAAAAAAAUAAUUAAAAUAGAAAUUAGUAGGUCUCCUCAACUGUAUUCAAAUUUGGUUUUGCAUUAUUUUUUGGUUUGAUAUUAUCCAUAUUCCACUCUAUUAUAUUCCAAUAUUCUCUUUAACGAAAAAUUUUACCUCCUAUUCAAUAUAUUAAUAUAUUAUUGAGAUAUUAUUUCUUUAAAUAUUUUGCUUUGCUAAAAAAAUGCCUGAAUACUUAAUACAUUUGUAAUUUUGUGUGUUUUUGUGAGCUUUUUCCAGAUGGCGAAUCAUCAAAUUGGGUUAUUAGAAUGCCUUUCGUGGGGAAGUCCCAAGAUCGAUCAAAGUAAU